GGUCUGAUCUUCAAGUAUGUAUCCCCAAGGGCUCCACGUGCUGCUCCAGAAAGAUGGAGGAGAAGUACCAGGCCACAGCCCGCCUGAACAUGGAGCAGCUCUUGCAGUCUGCCAGCAUGGAGCUCAAGUUCCUUGUCAUCCAGAACGCUGCUGUCUUCCAAGAAGCCUUUGAGAUUGUAGUACGACACGCAAGAAACUUCACCAACAGCAUGUUUAGGAGCCUCUACCAGAGCAUGGGGCCCAGAGCUCUGAAGUUUGUUGGAGAACUUUUUACUGAUGUCUCUCUGUACAUACUGGGCUCUGACAUCAGUGUCAAUGACAUGAUCAAUGAGUUUUUUGACAGUUUGUUUCCUUUGGUUUACUCUCACUUGCUGAAUCCCGGCUUCCCCGAGCCCUCCGUGGAGAUGGCUGAAUGCCUGCGCGCGGCCAGGAGAGACCUCAAAGUCUUUGGUAACUACCCAAAGAUGAUGAUGACGCAGGUGUCCAAGUCACUGCAGGCCACCCGAGUCUUUCUGCAGGCUCUCAACCUGGGGAUUGAGGUGAUCAACACCACUGACCACCUGAAGUUCAGCAAGGACUGUGGCCGAGCGCUGCUGAAGAUGUGGUACUGCUCACACUGCCAGGGGCUGCUCCUGGCCAAGCCCUGUGCCAGCUACUGUGCCGUGGUGAUGCAAGGAUGCUUGGCGGGUGUCAUAGAGAUUGAUAACCACUGGAGAGAGUACAUCAGGGCUCUCGAGGGGCUGACCAAAGGCAUGCAUGGCAUGUAUGAUAUGGAGCACGUCCUCCUGAACCUGUUCUCCUUGGUACGGGAUGCAAUCAUCUACGUGCAGAAGAACGAAGGGAAGCUCUCCACAACUCUCAGCCGGUUGUGUGGCCACGCUCAGCAGAGGCAGUAUCGAGCAGCUCAUUACCCCGGAGACCUGUUUGUUGACAACAAAGUCCUGAAGGUGACUCGCAUCGAGCGAGAAGAAACUCUGUCGAGCAGGAGGAGGGAGCUCAUCACGAAGCUGAAGUCCCACAGCAGUUUCUACAGCAGUUUACCAGAGUACAUCUGCAGCCACAGCUCUGCUGUUCAGAACGACACUCUUUGCUGGAAUGGACAAGAAGUCAUGGAGAGGUGA